AAUGAGCAGCUGUGUGUACACAUCACAGAGUGCAGCAGGGCCUACAGGCAGAGCUGCAGUGCGAGCAGCGAUGGGAGGAAUAUAACCAGCUUUAUUUAUAUACAUGUCAUCAGGUAUUCUCAAAAAAUGGAGGGAGGAAACUUUGGCUACUCCCAAGACUAUCUUGACCGCUUCAUCCAAAGCCAAGACUCAUCUGUGGUGAACAAGUUCCAGCAGAAGUACUGGAAAACCAAACAGACGCUCAUCAAGGUCACGGGGAAGAAAGAGGACGAACAUGUUGUGGCGUCAGACGCAGAUCUGGACGGCAAGCUGGAGGUCUUCCACUCCAUCCAGAGAACAUGCAUGGAGCUGCUGAAGGUCAUUGAGCAGUACCAGAGGAGGAUCUGCUUUCUUUCCCAGGAGGAGAACGAGCUGGGUCGUUUCCUGCGCUCCCAGGGCUCGCAGGAUAAAACCAGGGCUGGAAAGAUCAUGCAGGCCACCGGGAAAGCACUCUGCUUCUCCUCCCAACAGAGACUGGCUCUGAGGAACCCUCUGUGCCGUUUGUACCAGGAGGUUGAAACGUUCCGCUACAGAGCGAUCUCAGACACGUGGCUGACGGUGAAUCGAAUGGAGCAGUCCAGGACUGAGUACCGCGGAGCGCUGCUUUGGAUGAAGGACGUAUCUCAGGAGCUGGAUCCAGACACUCAUAAACAGAUGGAGAAAUUCCGCAAGGUUCAGGCCCAGGUGCGCACAACCAAAACAAGCUUUGACAAACUGAAGAAUGAUGUCUGCCAGAAAGUCGACCUGCUGGGAGCCAGUCGCUGCAACCUCCUCUCUCACGUUUUAACCACAUACCAGACAACACUAUUGCACUUCUGGGAGAAGACAUCCCACACCAUGGCGGCCAUACACGAGAGCUUCAAGGGCUGUCAGCAUUACGAGUUCUCCACACUUAAGACCUUACAAGGCCCCAUGGACAAGCUGGCUAAGAAGAAGGGGAAGAAGAAAAGUAAAGCAGAGGCAGACGACGGGAAGAAAGCCGAGACCUCAGAGGACCAACUCAUCUCUCUAGUGAAUGACAACACCAGCGAUAAGACCACAGAAGAGUCAGAGGCAGAGAAGGACAGCAUGGCCUUACUGAAUGAGAUCCUGGGCAGCAUGUCUGUGGACGAGGGCGACUUCUCUCGAGAGUGGACGGAAGUGUUCGGAGACACCGAGGAGGGAGCAGGCGCGGCGUCAGGGAGACCGGCAGAGGCCCAGCAAAAGGAAAACUCCUUCUUUCUCCCAUCUCAGCUGUUGGACCAGAGCUUGAAUAAUCCGCAGUCUUCCCUCUCAGAUUGGGCCGGGAUCAUUCCAGCGCCCGUCGCCCAGGCAACGGAGCACUCAUCUGGAGCCAAUCAGAACCCUUCUAAGCCAGCACUGAAAGAGAAUCCAGGGACGUCCAAAGACCUCUCAGCGUGGUUCAACCUGUUCGCUGACUUGGACCCCCUCUCCAAUCCUGAUGCAGUCGGCAGAAGCGACACAGAGCACGAACUUCACAACGCAUAGUUCUUCCUCAGCGUCAUGGUUUAUCUGAAAUGGGUACCUUUGUUGGUGGGAACAGCAGACUGUAGCUGCCAGCGUGAUUAGAGAACAAUCAGAUCGACCGCACACACAAGACUUCAGUUACAGUAGAUAUAGAGCUGAAACAAUUAGUCACCUAAUCAAUAAGUCAAAGGACAAACAACCAGCAACUCUUUAUAAUAACCAUCAUUAAAAAAUGGUUAAUUGACAGUUAAUCAAACCUAAGUUAAAGGUCCAGUGUGUAGGAUUUAGAAGGAUAUGUUGGCAGAAAUAGAUUAUAAUACAAUAAGUAUGUUUUCUUUCGUGUAUAAUCUCCUUGUUGUGUUUUCGUUAGCUUAGAAUGAGCCGUUUAUAUCUACAUAGAGAGUGGAUCCUUGUCUACGGAGAUCACUGUGUUGCACCACCAUGUUUCUACAGUGGCCCAGAAUGGACACACUAACCUAACACUGGCUCUAGAUAGGGACAUUCACGUUUUCGCAUCUCCCACCGUAGUCAGCAGCCCCUCUGUGAUGAGCAGCAUCGGAAAAACACAUUUUUUAAAAACACGAAGCUGCUUUACUCAGUGUUUUUACCGGUUUAAAUCACCUGGGGUCUCAUUUAUAAACACUGCGUACGCACAAAAUGAGGCCUAAAAUAAGCGUACGCCAUUUCCCACGUAAAAGUUGUGAUCUGUAAAAGCAGACUUGAUGGGAGAAACUUUGACCCGUGCUUACAAAUAUUUUGGAGACGGGAAAUUGCCGACGCAGAUGGUGAGGUGAAAGCCUGAUUGUAGAAACUGUCAAAUAUUUUUUUGGCGCACGUCAUUUUUGGCUUUUGUCCGUUCGUUAAUUUCUAGUUAGAGCCUAUGCACUGUUUUAUAAAUGAGACCCCUGGUUCGUUUGUUUUGGAGAGGAAGAGACCUCUGGGGAAAAUUUAGCUCCCAGUAAAAACCACCUGAAUCUGUGGAUCUUAACUCAUCGGUGAAAAAAUUUGAGGACUGAGAUCUAGGCUAGAGGCCCGUCUCCAACAUGCCAAAUAGCAUCUGAGAAACACAGAUUUGUAACGUGAAACUGCUUUAUUCAAACCAAUUAUUAACCAUUAAAAAAACCUGUUAAUACAAUAUAUAAAAUGUUAUGUGUGCAACAAUAAACUGUUAAAAAAACAAAAAAUGACAGCAUUACUAAUUAUCAUUUUGUUGUUUGUUAAAGGUUAAAUAAUUUAAGUUUAAUUUACCAUCAAUUUAAUAUUUAUUAAUCAUUAAGUGUUGUCAAAUAUUGUGAUAAUCGAUCCGUUAUUUCAAUAUUUUCAAGCAAAAAAGCCAAAUAUUUUAGAGGAUAUGCUGAUUUCUUUUUCAUAUAUGAUCGUAAACUGAAUAUCUUUAGGAUUUUGACUAUAAUAAUAUAAAUAAAUAAAAUAAUGUGAUGUAAAAUGAAUUAGAAUGGGCUUCAUCUUCAUCUGAUAGAGAUAACAGUUAACCGACUUAUGCCCAAAGACUAUAUUUAGUAUGAUAAGGAAAAAUAUUUGUCGUGAUUGGUGUAAAGUCUUAAAAAUUUGGUACAGACACACAUUGCGGAAAGAAAACGGUACAAUGUAGAAUUUUCUGGAUCAAAUAAAAAACUUGCGCUUUUAUCAAUAGUCAAAAUCAGGAUCACUGAGAAAAAAGUACGUGUGCAUAUGUAUCCUUGAUAUCAACAGAUUCGUUCGUAGUUCAUAGAUAUCAACUACUUGAUUGUGCUCCUUGUCGUCUCUGAGAUACAGAGACACUUCAGGACACACUUCAGAAUUUCAUUUGCAGACACAAAUAGGUUAAUUAUCAUAAUAAAAUAAUCGAUGGCAGGAUCUUUUUCUUGUUAUAGCAAAAUAUAUAACUGUGGCGGUCCCUUAUUAUACUUUCAAAUAACACGUUUGUUACUGCAAAAAACUCUGAAAUGUCAUUAUAACAAAAAAAAAGUUGAACGAAAAGGGCUCGUACGUUUAAAUAAUAACAUUUAAUAUCAUUACAGUAGGUUAUUAUAAUGAGAGAGAUAUCACUAUACCAAGAGAAAUGUUCCUGUUAUUACAAGAAAUGGAUCUGAUUGUUCUUUCUCAUGGUGACAGUAUAGCGCUGCUGUAAAGAGUCCCACUAACAACUACCAGCUCUCGUCCUUUACAAGACGACCUUACUCAGCCUGUUGGCUCCUUCACUUGGGUUAAACACUUAGUGAUGUUUAGCGUGGAUACCUCAGUAUGAGUUUGGAACAACAAGCCUUCGACAUUAGCUGCCUUGGAAAACUGUAGUCUCUAGUAGCAUCCAUGCUUUGUUUCUGAUUCUCAUUACUGAAGGCUGCGAACAGGCAGAGCUGCACAACAGCAGAGAGAAACAUGACAAAGAUCACAGUGCAAUAGUUUGUGUGUUUACGAAAAUAUUGGAACAUGAAGUAAAGUUACAGAGAAAUACCCAAAAAUAAAAUGUAUUUUUCUGCCAUUGAUCUACUGAAAACUCCAAGCCGGUUAAGUGAUCAGAAUUAUUGACAGCUAUUUGAAGAGGUGAACAAAAGUAAAGAGGUUAUGCUUUUAAAUUUGUUUGCCAAAUGCUGUAUUUGUGAUUCCCCUUUGAAUAUAUCCCACAACUUGUCAUUACAUAAAAAUACACAUAUCAGUCAUUCAUUACUGCAUGUUGCAUGCCUUGAUUUUAUGUUAUCCAGUAAAAGUGACUGAAUGAAAACUGUAUUCAUAUUAAUUUAUUUUUCAUCAUUUGGACACAUAUUUAUUUUGUUCAAUUAUUGGCGUUCAUGGGCACUAUACGCAGUUUUCACUGGAUUGUUUUCGGAGCCAAACUACCUGGAAGUACAAUCAUAAACUGAUUUUAACUACAAUGCUGCAUAAAUUAAAUAUAUAUAUAUAUAUCAGAGUAAAUGCCUUAAUCUAAUCACAAAUCAACAAUAUAGAACCUCAUCAUGAUUAUUGGAUUCGUGAAUUUAUUUUGUUGUAACGUAGCCUUGUGUCAUUUUUGAUGUUGAAGCCAUGUGACAUUUAAAAUCAUAA